AUGACUUGGAGAAGGCUGAUUGCAGCGGGAACGGUCAGGGAGCGGAAACCGAAACUGGAAGAAAUAUUUCGGGGAGCGGACCAAUUCGGAGUGGCGGUAGCUGGAGGAGUUGAACAAGUUGCGANAAGGCUCAUCAACGAUCCCAACACCGUCCCACCGGAGUUCUGGACUCUUUGGAAACAAUCCAGUCUAAUCGCCCUCGGUGAAAAGUGCCGUCCAGUGUGCAUUGGAAUGACUUGGAGAAGGCUGAUUGCAGCGGGAACGGUCAGGGAGUGGAAACCGAAACUGGAAGAAAUAUUUCGGGAAGCGGACCAAUUCGGAGUGGCGGUAGCUGGAGGAGUUGAACAAGUUGCGAUGGACGCACAACUGGUUCAUCAGACAGGUCAUUGGGUAGUCCAGACGGAUUGCUCAGAUGCCUUCAACACGGGCAAGCGCACCGUCAUAAUGGCCCAGGCCGCAAAGAGCGUCCCAGAUGUCUUGGGGUACAUCGCCAGGUGUUACGACGAAAUCCCGGCAAAGGCGAUAUACACGAUGGACUCCGGAGAGCGUCGGACGAUCGAGUGCAAGAGCGGUGUGCAGCAAGGAGAUGGAAUGGGACCGCCCCUGUUCUGCUUCAUCCUAGUCCCGAUCGUCUUGAAGCUUAGAGCCAUGUACGACCACCUCGGGGUAUGCUUGAAAGCUUACAUGGACGACAUCAGCCUGCACUUCAACAAUAUCACAGCGGAAAAUAUUCAGCUGAUACCGGACCUCGUCGACGAACUAGAAGCAGUGGGCAUCAUCGUCAACAGGGGGAAGAGCUCAGCGCUUCCCCCACCAGGGCACGACGUGACGCCAGCAGAAAGGAGGCUACUUGGCGAUGCAGGCCUACCGAUUGCGGAGGAGGGCAUCACAGUUGUGGGAGUCCCCAUUGGGACGGAUGCCUACGUCGAGGAUAAGCUGCAAGCCGCACCGAGGAGGAGGAAGGAAGCGCCCCGAGAUGGAGGCCAGAAACCGAGUUCGAUCCACAAGGGGAAGAGCUCAGCGCUUCCCCCACCAGGGCACGACGUGACGCCAGCAGAAAGGAGGCUACUUGGCGAUGCAGGCCUACCGAUUGCGGAGGAGGGCAUCACAGUUGUGGGAGUCCCCAUUGGGACGGAUGCCUACGUCGAGGAUAUCGCAAUGAAAGUGAUAACUGAAGGGGGUGCAGACAAGCUUGCUCGCAUGCUGGUGCGCAUGCCAGACAAACAGGUGGCUCACCUCGUCACAUCACAAUCGCUGACACAGCGAUCCGGAUAUAUCGAGAGAGGCAUCAAUCAUAAGCUAGUGAAAGGGGCUUGUAAACGCCUGGACAAUAUGGUGAUGUGGGUCCUAGAGGCAACGAUGGGGCUCAGAGACACCGAAGUCGAAGAAGAGUUCUUCCAAGACGACUGCCAGCCUGACCGCUUCAAGUUAAAGCCCUAUGGAGCACUGCGGCAAGAGGGAACGGCGACGAUACGCCUGCAUCUCGUAAGGCUGUGCUAA